AUGGCGGAGGAGCAAAAGACGAGUAAGGUUGACGUAGAAUCUCCGGCGGUUUUAGCUCCGGAGAAGGAACCAACUCCUGCUCCGGUGGAAGUUUCCAAAGACGUGGCGGAGGAGAAAAUUCAUAAUCCACCACCACCACCACCUCCCGUCGAGUCCAAAGCUCUUGCCGUUGUCGAAAGUAAGCUCUCUGUAUAA